GGGCCCUUCCCAAGAUGGCGGCGCCCCUGCUGAGCGCGGCGCGGCGCGGCCUGCGGGCCGGGCGGGCCUUCGGCACGGCCGCUGCGCUCUGCAGGCGGGCAGCCCCGCUGGGGCCGAUGCCCAACGAGGAUAUUGACGCCAGCAACUUGGAAGCGCUGGAAAAAUACCGCAGUUUCUCUCGCUACUUCAAGCUGGCAGAGAAGGAGAGCAAGAAACCCCGCUGGUGGAAAACCUACCGGCAGCACACCCGCCCCCCGCCAGAGCCCAAGACUGACAUCAGCCUGCCACGCCACAGGCUGCUGCAGGCAAAGGAGGGGAAGGAGAGAAAACAGAUCCUGAAGGAAAACCGUCGGAAUGCUGAGAUGGAAAGGGCAGCACGACUCCGGACAGUGCUGAUCCCCCUGGAGGAAGUCAGAGCUGAGUGGGAGAAGAGCAGUGGCCCCUUCCACAAGCAGCGUGUGGCCGAGCACUGCGGGGUGUUCCGAGACUUGUUCAAGGGGGCCACCUUCACCCCCUGGGUCACCCUGAGGGUGCAGUACAGCCAGGAGGACGAGCACCUCGUGCCAGUCUACUAUGGGAACAUCCUGACUCCAUCAGAGGCUUCCAGGCCCCCUGCAGUGUCAUACGAGGCAGAUAAAGGCUCCCUCUGGACUUUGUUGCUCACAAAUCCAGAUGGACAUUUAAGAGAGACAGACUCAGAGUACCUCCACUGGCUGGUGACAAAUAUCCCAGGCAAUGACAUCAGGUCGGGUAAGGAGAUCUGCCACUACCUGCCCCCCUUCCCUGCCAUGGGCACUGGCUAUCAUCGCUUCAUCUUCCUCCUCUUCAAGCAAGAUUGUCCCAUCGAUUUCAGCCAGGACGUUCGGCCUGUGCCCUGCCACAGCCUCAAGAUGAGAACCUUCAGCACGUUUGACUUCUACAGGAAGCACGAGGACGCCAUGACCCCGGCAGGGCUGGCGUUUUUCCAGUGUCAGUGGGACAGCUCUGUCACCUGGGUCUUCCAUCAGCUUCUCAACAUGAGAGAGCCCGUGUUUGAGUUCGUGCGGCCGCCCGUGUAUCACCCUCCACAGCUGAAGUUCCCACGUCACCAGCCUCUGAGGUACCUGGACAGGUACCGGGACACCCAGGAGCCCACCUAUGGCAUUUACUAGGGGCCUGCCCCCCUCUCCAGCUGCUCUGCAGUGCCAGCUGGGCAGCUGGGGCUGCUGCGUUUCUGCACCCACACAGCUGGGAACUGGCUGCACCGCUGGAGGGAAACAAGGAAGUCUCAGCCCCUCGGAUCCCAGUUCCCUUGGGAACAGUGUGCAGCUGGUCACACAGCUGCAGGCACUGCCAACGCCUGUUGUCCCCAGCUGUGUGGUCACAAGGCUACCUGAGGAGGACGUUGAUGGAUGAAAGGAAAUCCAGGCUGAAAUCUUGCUACUGAUUCCAUAGCAGAGCUGAUCAGUAAGGGGGGAGUUCCCCAGGAGUGCCCUGAUGUGCUUCUUGCAAAGGAAUCACGUUCUUGCAAAGGAUCAUGUUCUUUCUUUUGGCCUUUUUAUGGAACAAACAGAGCCAGGCCAGCCUGGACUUCCCCCCCUUACAGCCCUGUGGUUCAGGACUGUGUCAGCUUUUGUUUGUGCAGCCCUCUUAAAGGGAUGGAUCUGAUUAAACACACUCUGAGCGGUGCUGGCA